AUGGGGUCUGGGUGGCCCAUAUUCUAUCUACCGAUCUUCUUAGCGUCGACAGUAUGGGGAAGCGAUAUACUGAUGAUCACGAUGGGUGGCACCAAGUCCCACAAAGUGCCCUUUUUGGAGUUAGCGAGAGAAUUAAUAAGAAGAGAUCACAACAUUACACUAAUUAGUCCUUAUCUUCCGGAUUUCCAUCUCGAGGGUCUAGAAGAAAUCACCCCGGAAGGUCUAGCUUCCUUUGUACGAGGAUAUAUGACCUUCGAUCUUGUUGGUGCGAGGAUGAAGGGAGAGGAGCCAUUGCCUUAUUUGGACAUCAUCCGAUAUGGAUAUGAGGCGUGCGAGGCUUUCCUCAACGAUAUCGAGAUUAGAUCGUUUUUACGGUCAGGAAAAAGUUACGAUCUAAUUAUUCUAGACGGAGCAUACCCGGAAUGUGCUUUGGGCAUAGUAUAUCGAAUGAAAGUGCCUUUUAUGUACAUAAAUACAGUCGCCUUUUACGCUGCACCCACAAGUGGUUCUGGAAGUCCUGCCCCAUACUCUAUUAUGCCGUUCUUUGCGCGUUCUUUCACAGAUAAUAUGGGAUUUUUUGAGAGGUCAGUCAAUGCUUUUUGGCAUGUUGGUGCAUUAUUGGGGCAUAGCGUCAGUGUUUCAAUAUUACAAGGAGUUUUGAGGCGACAUUUUGGGCCACAAAUGCCUCAUGUGUACGAUCUGGCAAGAAACGUUAGUUUUAUUCUUCAGAAUGGUCAUUACUCUGUAACAUACCCAAGAGCCUUUAUGCCGAAUGUAGCUGAAGUUGCGUGUAUACAUUGCAAAGAAUCAAAGAGAUUGGAUGCUGAUUUAGAAGAGUGGAUAUCGGGUGCAGGCGAGGCAGGGUUCAUUUACGUGUCCAUGGGAUCAUCUGUGAAGACAAAUGAAAUGCCUCUUGAGGCGCAUAGAAUAUUUGUAGAUGCUUUGAAAAAACUUCCACAGAGAGUGCUAUGGAAGCAAGAUGGUGAACAAAAUCUAACUGAUAUACCAUCAAAUGUAAAACUAUAUAAAUGGCUUCCGCAACAAGAUUUAUUAGGACACCCCAAAAUUAAAGCUUUCGUAACACAUGGCGGUCUUCUCAGCAUGUUCGAAACUGUUUUCCAUGGGGUUCCCAUUGUAACUAUUCCAGUUUUUUGUGACCACGACGCGAACGCAGCAAAGGCAGAAGUAGAUGGAUAUGCGAAAAAAUUAGACCUAUACCAAUUAACUUCUGAUAAACUCUAUCAAGCGAUACAGGAAGUAAUUAUACAGCCAAAAUACAAAGCCCAAGUGAAAUAUAGACAAACAUUGUUAAGAAAUCAAAAAGAAUCACCUUUAGAAAGAGCAAUUUAUUGGACGGAGUACGUGAUACACCAUAAAGGCGCGUAUCACUUACAAUCGCCUGCUAAAGACCUGAAUUUCAUACAGUAUUAUAUGUUAGACAUCACUUUCACUUUCCUUAUCCUCAUAAUUACGAUUAUAGCUCUUAUCAGAUACGUCUUAAGGUCCAGUUUCAACUGGCUAAUAAAUGUACAAAGUAAAAAAAUCGAUAAACUUAUCGAUAAAUCAUUUCAAACAUCGCUAAUCGAUGCCUCAAAGAAAAACCUG